GGAAGGUCUCGUGUCUUAGUCUCAGAGUGUGUGCGUUCAGAUCGGCUCCGUCGCCCCCCAUCUCUCCCUAGCAGUUUUCCCCCGGGAAGCUGUGACACCACAGAGAGGGACUCCUGGAGGAGAAUGACCCAAGGGAAAAGUCGUUGUCACUUUGCAAUUUUUUAAAUUGUGGAAUACAGCAGUUUAUCUCAGGGUCUUCUGUCCGGUGCUUUGAUCGAGGAUGCGGAAACAUCGGUACUUGUCGCUGUGCGCCCUCUUGGGCGUGGUGCUCUCAGGCGUACUCCCCAACAUUGACGCUCAGGAAGCACAAGAGUCGGCUGACCUUGUAUUCUUAAUUGACGGAUCAGAGAACGUUGGAGACGCCAACUUCCCGCGUGUGCGCGAAUUGGCGCUCAGCGUGGUUGAGAGGCUUGAUGUGAGAAGGGACGGCAUCCGCGUGGCUGUCGUUCUGUAUAGCGCGGACCCCGAUAUUCAGUUCUAUCUAAAUAGUUAUGACAACAAAGCGGCCGUUCUGGACGCCAUCAAGGGCCUUAGCUUCCCGGGCGGAGAUGAGGCCAACUUGGGGGCGGCCCUCGAGGAGGUGGCGGAGAGCCUCCUGGGCCCAGAAGCGGGUGGCAGAGCAGAGGAAGGGGUUCCGCAAGCCCUAGUGGUAAUCAGCGCUGGGCCAUCCAGCGACGAUGUCAGUGCGGGCGACAGAACCUUAAAGCAAGCGAGUGUCUUUACGUUUGUCGUCGCGGCCGGCAGUGCCAGCGCUGCAGAGCUGGAGGGUAUUGCCACGGACAGGAGCUUUGUGUUGUCCGCACCCGAUAUUGGUGCUGCUGCCAGACUGGGGGAUCAACUGCUGCCUUACAUUAACGGCGUGGCCCAACGCACCAUUGUCUUGCAGACCGAAAUGACUGAAGCCUUGGCCGUUGGGAGGAGGGACAUAAUUUUCCUCAUAGAUGGGAGUCAGAAUAUGGGCAACACCCUCUUCGUCGGCAUACGUGAAUUUAUCAAAAGGUUUGUCGAGUCCAUGCCCAUCGGACCCAAUGAGGUGCAGGUGGGUGUGGCCCAGUUCACCAACAACGCUAAGCUGGAAAUGGAUCUGAACACUCACAGCACGAAGGAGGCCCUCAGUGCAGCGGUAGGCAAAAUGCGCAUCAGGGGCGGCACGCAGGUGACAAACAUCGGGGCUGCCCUGGACUUCGUCAGGACCCAGAUGCUGAGGGCUGACAAAGGAAGUCGGAUCAGCCAGGGGGUGCCCCAGCUUCUGUUGCUCUUCUCAGCCAAGAAGUCCGGUGACAGCGUGGCCAAGCCGGCCGAGGAGCUCCAGCGAAUGGGCGUCUUGACGAUGGCCGCAGGCUCCAAAAACGCUGACGAGGCGGAGCUGAAGCAAAUUGCCUUCGCUGAUACCUUGGUCUUCAUCCUCAAGGAUUUCCGCAUUCUGCUCCGCAAUCCGAAGUUGAUUGUCUCUCCUCUCUCAACACUGACUGGUGUCAUUGUGACUGAGGCACCAACAGACCCAGUCAUUAUUGAGACCACUGUGCAGACCCAGCGCAUCAUCCGAGACAUUGUCUUCCUGGUGGAUGGAUCAAGCUACGUGGGUGAUGCCGGUUUCCCGUAUGUGCGUGACUUUAUCUCCGCUGUGGUGAACCAGCUGGAUGUGAGCCAGGAGAGGGUGCAGAUUGGCCUGAUGCAGUUUGCGAGGGACUCCCGUCCAGAGUUCUACCUGAACUCAUACUCCAACAAGCAGGAUGUUCUGGAGGCCGUGGCCCGACUCAGCCCGAUGGGGGGAACCACUCUGAACACAGGGGCGGCACUAGAGUAUGCUAGAACCACUCAGUUUGAACCUUCAGCUGGGUCCAGGAAGCAUCAAGGAGUCCAGCAAGUGCUUGUGCUCAUCACGGGAGGGCAGCCUCAGGAUGGACAGGAGGUCAAACGGGUCGCCGACAGACUUGCACUGUCAGGAGUUCUGACCUUUGCAGUUGGUGUAAACCAGGCAGAUGUAAACUUCUUGAGAACCGUCGCCUUUGUUCCCGACCUGGCUUAUUACGAGACCAACUUCAAUGGCCUGUCAAAUGUCGUUGGACAGAUUAUGUCACCGUUAGUCACGGUGGUUGGUGAUACAGACACAGCUCCUGUUGAUGUGGAACCGCCAAUCACUGGUGCCGAGAGGGACGUUGCAUUUUUGGUCGAUGGUUCUGACGCUGUUGGAGGUGAUUUUCCCUACAUCCGGGAUUUCAUACUAAAAGUGAUCGAACCUUUGGAUGUUGGAAUCAGCAAAGUGCGAGUUGCCGUGGUCCAGCACAGUGAGAGCCCUUCACCCAACUUCUACCUGAACACUUACAAAACCAAAGAGGAGGUGACUGCAGCCAUCAAUGGCAUGAUGCUCGCGGGUGGCCGGAGUUUGAACACGGGGGAGGCCCUGACAUUCAUGAAAGAAACGGUCUUCUCUGCAGACCGCGGCAGCAGAGCAUCUCAAAAUGUACCACAGUUCCUGAUUGUUCUGACCGGAGGCAGGUCAAGGGACAGCGUGAGGGAGCCCGCCGGCGCCCUGAAGACAGGUGGAGUUGUGCCCUUCGGUGUCGGGGUGAAGAAUGCAGACCGCAGUCAAAUUGAAGCCAUCUCCCACAAUCCCUCCUUCGCCUUCAACGUGAGGGAAUUCAGCCAGCUGAACACUGUUCAACAGAGACUGGGGAGUUACGUCAGUCUUCCCAAAGAGAGCCUGCAGGCCAUUCUGGAGCAAGUUGAACGUGGUGUUCCCAGGAGAGAUGUUGUUUUUCUGCUGGAUGGCUCUGAUGGUACUAGAAAUGGAUUCCCAGCAAUGCGAGACUUUGUUCAGAGAGUAGUGGAGAAACUCGAUGUGGAUGAGAACAAAGACAGAGUUUCUGUUGUGCAGUAUAGCAGAGAUCCAGCGGCUAAUUUCUAUCUGAACACCUACCCAACAAAGGGAGAUGUCAUUGAUACCAUAAGAAGCCUGAGGCACAAAGGAGGACGACCUCUCAACACUGGAGCAGCUCUCCAGUUUGUGAAGGACAAUGUCUUUACUCCGUCCGCUGGAAGUAGACGACAGGAAGGUGUUCCUCAGAUGUUGAUUCUGCUGAGUGGUGGAAGGUCAAACGACAAUGUUGAUACCCCAGCAGCUGCACUGAAAGAGCUCGGAGUUUUGAUCUUUGCUAUUGGGACAAGGAGCUCUGAUGGCAGAGAAAUGCAGAGAAUAUCCCAUGAGCCUAGUUAUGCUCUUUCAGUAUCUGAAUUCACUGACCUUCCCAACAUCCAACAGCAGCUUAUUUCCUCUGUGGACACGGUAGUCAUUCGCAUGACUACAGAGGCACCGACCGUUUUGGUUGAUCAUGGUGUAACCAGAAAGGAUGUUGUGUUCCUGCUGGAUGGCUCUGAUGGUACUAGAAGUGGAUUCCCAGCAAUGCGAGACUUUGUUCAGAGAGUAGUGGAGAAACUCAAUGUGGAGGAGAACAAGGACAGAGUUUCUGUUGUGCAGUAUAGCAGAGAUGCAGAAGCUAAUUUCUAUCUGAACACCUACUCAACAAAGGGAGAUGUCAUUGAUACCAUAAGAAGCCUGAGACACAAGGGAGGAAGACCUCUGAAUACUGGGGCAGCUCUCCAGUUUGUAAAGGACAGUGUCUUUACUCCUUCUGCCGGAAGUAGACGACAGGAAGGUGUUCCUCAGAUGUUGAUUCUGCUGAGUGGUGGAAGGUCCUAUGAUAAUGUUGAUACCCCAGCAACUGCUCUGAAAGAGCAUGGAGUCUUGAUCUUUGGGGUAGGAACUAGAAACUCCAGCAGAGAGGUUCAGAGAAUGACAUCACAUCCUACCUAUGCUCUGUCUGUAUCUGAAUUCACUGACCUCCCAAGCAUCCAGCAACAGUUCUUCUCCUCUCUUAGUACUGCACUUGUAGAGCUUACACCAACAACACCAACGACACUAGUUGACCGAGGCAUCGCCAGAAGGGAUGUUGUUUUCCUACUGGAUGGUUCCGAUGGCACUAGGAAUGGAUUCCCAGCGAUGCGAGACUUUGUUGAAAGAGUAGUGGAGAAACUCAAUGUGGAGGAAAACAAAGACAGAGUCGCUCUGGUCCAGUACAGUAGAGAUCCAGAGGCUCAUUUCUAUCUGAACACACACUCGACAAAGGAGGAUGUCCUUGACACCCUGAGAAGCCUGAGGCACAAAGGAGGGAGACCUCUCAACACUGGGGCAGCUCUCCAGUUUGUUAGAGACAAUGUCUUUACCGCUUCUUCUGGGAGCAGGCGACUGGAAGGUGUUCCGCAGAUGCUGAUUCUGCUGAGUGGUGGAUGGUCCAAUGACAAUGUUGAUACCCCAGCAACUGCUCUGAAACAACAUGGAGUCUUGAUAUUUGGAGUUGGAACAAUGACUUCCAGUAGAGAAAUUCAAAGAUUGUCUUCUGAUCCCACUUAUGCUCUCACUGUUUCAUCAUUUUCUGAUCUACCAAACAUCCAACAGCAGUUUUUCUCCUCACUUACUACUAUACUCAUAGAGACUGCUCCUCCCUCUCCAACAGUCAUAGCUCAACCUGAAGAUGUCAAAAAGGAUGUUGUUUUCCUGAUCGAUGGAACGGAUGAUGUUAGAAAUGAAUUCCCAGCAAUGCGAGACUUUGUUCAGAGAGUAGUGGAGAAACUCGAUGUGGAUGAGAACAAAGACAGAGUUUCUGUUGUCCAGUACAGCAGAGAUCCAGAGGCCAAUUUCUAUCUGAACACCUACUCAACAAAGGAAGAUGUCACCGAUACCAUAAAAGGCUUGAGACCCAAAGGAGGGCGAUCUCUCAACACUGGGGCAGCUCUCCAGUUUGUAAAGGACAGUGUCUUUACUCCGUCCGCUGGAAGUAGACGACAGGAAGGUGUCCCUCAAAUACUGAUUCUGCUGAGUGGUGGAAGGUCCUAUGAUAAUGUUGAAAUGCCCGCCUUGAGUCUGAAACGUUCUGGUGUGAUCCCUAUAAGCGUUGGGGUCCGAAAUGCAGAUGACAGGGAGAUGCAGGCCAUUUCUUUUUCACCAAAUGAAACAUUCUCUGUUCUCGAGAUGCAUAGCCUACCAUAUAUUCAGAUGGAGCUCCUUUCAACUCUUACAAGAGUUGCCAGAUUUCCUAACACAACAGUCUUAGUUCCAGAAGCUGAGCCCCAGGGUCCCAAGAAGGAUGUCGUCUUCCUGGUGGAUGGCUCUGAUGGCACAAGCAGGGAAUUUCCAAUCAUCCAGGAAUUUGUCAGAAGGGUCGUGGAGAAUCUCAAUGUCGGGGAAAACAUAAUUCGGGUUGGCGUGGUACAGUACGGUGACACUCCAAGCGCAGAAAUCUACCUGAAUUCCCAUACAACCAAGGAAGGCGUUCUAAAUGCCAUAAAGGGGCUGAGGCACAGAGGCGGGAGACAGCGUAAUUUGGGAAGGGCAGUAGAGUUUGUCAGUCGGGACAUAUUGGCUCCUGGACGUGGUGGCAGAAGGCAAGAUGGCGUUCCACAAUUUUUGAUUGUGGUCACGGGCGGAAGAUCUUCAGAUGACAUUCGAGGUCCAGCUACAGCCUUAAAGCAAUCAGGGGUGGUGUCUUUCAGUAUCGGAACAAGAGAUGUAGAUGCCCAGGAGCUUCAAGUGAUUUCCUAUGUGCCAAGGUUUUCUUACAAAAUCGACUCUUUCCCUGGCCUAUACACUGUCCAGGACAGGCUCAUCAACUCCCUGACAGAACUGGAAAACAUCGGCCAAAUAAGCCCUGUGUUCCCCACCGUGUCAGUGACACCACGCGGUGACAAGAGGGAUGUCGUCUUCUUGAUUGACGGAUCCUCUGCUGUGCGUAGCGACUUCCCUAGCAUCCGGGACAUGAUUAGCAGAGUGGUGGACAGGCUGGACGUGGCCCUUGACAGAGUAAGGAUCUCUGUGGUCCAGUACAGCGACGAUCCCAAGGUGGAGUUCCUCCUCAAUGAGCAUUCCUCCAAAGACGAAGUGCGAGGUGCCGUUAGGAGAAUCAGGAACAAAGGAGGAAAUAGACUGAACACAGGCCGCGCAUUGGACUGGGUUGCCAAAAACAUCUACCAGAGAUCAGCAGGCAGCAGGAUCGAAGAAGGAGUACCCCAAUUCCUUGUCCUGGUCACGGGCGGCAAAUCGACUGAUGAUGUCACUGGCCCUGCAAAUCAGCUGAAGGCAAACCUGAUUGCUCCCUUAGCCAUUGGCGCAAAGAAUGCCAACGCAGAUGAACUGAGGCUCAUAACUCUUAGACCUGAGUACACCUACACAAUCAGGGAUUUCCAAGAACUCCCCAGCAUUGAGCAGCAAUUGGUGGCACCAGUAAGCACCUUGACCACAACUGAUAUCUCUAGCAGUUAUGUUCCAUCAGUGGAUAGAGCAAGUGCCAAUCUUGGAAGAAAGGACAUUGUCUUCCUAAUUGAUGGAUCAGACAACGUUGGUGCCAAUGGCAUGGCCCACAUCCGGGACUUCAUACUGAAGGUGCUGCAGCAGCUGGAUAUUCAGCCUGACCAGGUCCGUGUGGCUGUGGUUCAGUACAGUGACAGACAGAAGACUGAGUUCUCACUCAACUCCCACAACAACAAGGCUGCAGUUUUGUCAGCAGUGAAGAGGCUCCGCCUCAUGGGGGGCAGGUCUACGGACCUGGCUGAGGCGAUAGAGUAUGUUAUUCGAAAUGAGCUCAAAGCCUCAGCGGGGGUCAGGGUGGCCGAGGCCUCCCAGCACCUCGUCGUUCUUACAGGAGGAAGGUCUCCAAGCGACGUCUCAGUCUACGGCCCACUGCUCAAGGGCUCCCGUGUCAACUGCAUUGGGAUCGGUGCUGGUGCCGCUGACUCCAGGCAGCUGAACCAGAUCGCUACCACUUCUGCUGAUGUUCUACAGGUGCCCACUUUCCCAGGAUUGCCCAGUAUUCAGGACCAGUUCAUUGCAAGACUUAAUGGCACCAUCCCGGAAGAGCCUCCGACAGACAUAAUAGAUGAUCCAAGUCUACCAAAGGCUAAAGCUGCAGAUAUUGUAUUUUUAGUGGACGGCUCAAUAAACUUGGGCCGAGAGAAUUUCAAGGAAGUCAUGGAGUUCAUCCUGAACCUCAUCGACCUCUUUUUCACUGAGAGGGACAACCUGCAGAUUGGGCUGGCCCACUACACCACGGAUGUGACAGAUGUGUUCUACCUCAACACGUACAAGAACAAAGAUGACAUCAUCAGCGCCAUCAGCAGGACGGAGUACAAAGGAGGAAGGAGGAUCAACACUGGCGCUGCAAUAAAGCACGUCCAAGAGAACCACUUCAUCAAGCAGAGAGGCAGCAGGAAGGACGAGGGCAUCCCCCAGAUCCUGAUGAUCGUCACAGGCGGAAGGUCUCAGGACGAUGGGAAGUCAGCUGCGCUGGCGCUCAAAGCAACAGGGGUUCGGAUCUACGCUGUUGGGGUGGGCGACAUUGAGGAUGAGAUCAAUAACCUUGGGAGUGAGCCGACCACGGUGGCCAGAGCCAGCACUUUCCAGGAACUUUCUGAGCUCAACGAGCAGAUCUUGGAGACACUGGAUGAUGAGGUGAAGGGUGUGAAACUCUGCACGGGAGUAUCAGAACCCCCAAGAGCCUGCAAGCUGGAGGUGGUGGUAGGCUUUGAUGUUUCUGCACAGAACAUUUUUGGUGCCCAGAGGGCCCUGGAAUCCAAGAUGGGUGCCAUUCUUCAGAGGAUUACACAGAUGCAAUCCAUCAGCUGCUCCUCCGGCCAGGCCCCUACCGUGCAGAUUGCCAUCCUGGCCAUGGACUCUGCCUCAGAGCCUGUUCAACUGGACUUCACUGACAACCAUUCCCAGCUCUUUGAGGCCUUCAAAGCCCUUCAGAAUCGCGGCCCCUAUGUCCUAAAUGCCAAGACCAUUGAUGCCUACACCUCUCUGUUCCGCAACAGAGCCACAGACAUUGUCAGGGUCGUGAUUCAUCUGACUGAUGGCCUAGAUGGGCAGUUUGCACAGAUGAAGCAGCGCAUUGAGGCUCUUCGGCUGUCAGGUGUAAACAGCUUCAUCCUGGUUGGUCUGGAGAGAGUACCCCGCUUUGAAGAUGCAGUUCUCCUGGAGUUUGGCCGUGGUUUCAGAUAUACCAAACCUCUGCGUGUCAACCUGCUGGACCUGGACUACGAGCUGCUGGAGGAGCUGGACAACAUAGCAGAGAGAGAGUGCUGCUCUGUGCCUUGCAAGUGCACCGGACAGAGGGGCGAUCGAGGAGCUGUUGGCCUGCCAGGACCUAAGGGUGGACCGGGAGGACUAGGCUACAGGGGACAUCCUGGAGAUGAAGGAGGACCUGGUGACAGGGGUCCCCCAGGUGUGAAUGGAACACAGGGCUUCCAAGGGUGUCCAGGACAGAGGGGGGUGAAGGGCUCCCGGGGAUACUCCGGAGAAAAGGGUGAAUCUGGAGAAAUCGGUCUGGAUGGAAUCAAUGGAGAGGAGGGAACAAGUGGAGUGGCUGGCCCUCCAGGGGAUAGAGGGAACCCAGGAAGAAGAGGACCUAAAGGUGCUAAGGGCCAGGCUGGAGAUCGUGGAGAGCCCGGCUUAAGGGGAGACCCAGGUGUCACUGGGAAUGAUAACACAAAGAGAGGACCAAAGGGAGACCCAGGCGAUGUUGGGCCUGUGGGAGAACCAGGCGUGGAUGGUGUAAAGGGCAGCCCUGGCGAACCGGGCAGGAGGGGUGCUGAUGGAAGGAGGGGACCUCCUGGGCAAGCUGGAACUCCUGGAAGGCCAGGAGCUGAUGGUGUGGAGGGAGAGCCAGGCAUAGGAGGGUCUCGGGGCCCUGCUGGACCAAUUGGAGCUCCAGGAAUCAGAGGGGAAGAUGGAAAUCCUGGACCCAGGGGACCCGGAGGACAACAAGGACCCCCUGGAGAUAAGGGUAGAAGAGGCGCUGUGGGCCGUAAGGGUGAGCCCGGAGACCCUGGGCCAAAGGGUGUGGCUGGACCCGUGGGCCCCCGUGGAGAACCUGGUGAAGAUGGAAGGGACGGCUUUGGAAUCCCGGGUCCCAAAGGAAGAAAAGGUGAUGAAGGAUUCCCAGGUUUCCCAGGACCUAAGGGUGCCGCAGGUGAUCCAGGGACUAAGGGUGGACCAGGUCCUAGAGGAAACCGUGGGCAGAGGGGUGUUACUGGGGCUGCUGGUGCUCCUGGUCAGAAAGGAGAUGUUGGCUACCCUGGACCUUAUGGCCUGAAAGGACCAAGAGGCCCUGGAGUGGUGCAAUGCGACCUGGUGAAGAAGAUCCGAGACAACUGCCCUUGCUGCUAUGGAGCUCAGGAGUGCCCUCUCUACCCCACUGAGCUGGCAUUUGCCCUGGACGCCUCUUCGGACGUGUCGCGUGCGAACUUCAACAACAUGAGGGACACAGUGAGGAAGCUGGUGGGCGACAUCACCAUCGCCGAGAGCAACUGCCCGCGGGGGGCACGGGUGGCCCUCACGCUGUACAAUAACGAGGUGACCACUGAGGUGCGCUUCGCUGACGCGCUGAAGAAGAAGGCCCUGCUGGAGCGCAUUGAGGGCCUGCAGGCGCGGCAGACGGGCAAGGAGCGCAGCCUGGAGGCUGCCAUGAACUUCCUGGCGCAGAACACCUUCAAGCGCGUGCGCAGCGGCUUCCUCGUGCGCAAGGUGGCCGUCUUCUUUGUCAACGGGCCCUUCAAGCCCUCGCCUGCCUUCAGCGCUGCCGCGCUGCGCCUCUAUGACGCUGGCAUCGCCUCCGUCUUCCUCACCAACCGCCAGGAACGCGCACUCACCCAGGCACUGCAGGUCAACAACACCGCUCUGGCUCAGGUCUUAGUGCUACCUGCUCCUGGCAGUGCUCAGUACAACUCAGUCAUAGAGAAGGUCAUGAACUGCCACAUCUGCCUGGACUUCUGUGCACCCAACCAGGUCUGUGAUUUCGUCCCCCCACAACCAUCGAGGGACAGGAGGUCCCCCACCACUGAUGUGGACAUCGACAUGGCCUUCGUGAUGGACAGCUCUCAAUCCACAUGGCCCGCGGUCUUCGCUGAGAUGAAGCGCUACAUCUCUCACAUUGUCGACCAGAUGGAGAUCGCCGCCGACCCCAAGACCUCGGUGCACCACGCCCGUGUGGCGGUGGUCCAGCAUGCACCGUACGAGUUCCGGCACAAUGGCAGCGGCAUCCCUGUGCAGGUGGACGUGAGCCUGACUGACCACGGUUCCAAGAGCGACCUCAAAAACUUCCUGCAGGACAAGGUGCCCCAGCUGGAGGGCUCCCUGGCACUGGCCGAUGCCAUUGAGUACACCAUCGAGCAUGUGUUCGAGAAGGCCCCGCACCAGCGCAACCUGAAGGUGAUUGUGCUGAUGGUGACCGGUCCUGUCUGGGAGCAGGACGAAGAGAGGCUGGUCCGGGUCGCCACCGAGGCCAAGUGCAAGGGCUACUUCCUGGUCAUCCUGGCCGUGGGUGAGCAUGUGGGGGUCACUGACGCCCGCAUCCUGGCCCGCAUGGCCAGCGAGCCUGCCAACGUUUUCUUCAAGCGGAUCGAUGGGGCGGCGCAGUUCUACGACCAGUACAUCCAGCGAUUCGGGCUCCUGCUCCCCAAAUACAUCAGCAUGGAGAACGCCUUCUACAUGUCUCCAGAGGUCUCCAAGAACUGCCACUGGUUCCAGAGUGAUCAGCCGUGGAAGUUUCCCUUCAGACACGGCCAAAAGCAAGAGAAGCAUCAGAAGCACCAUGAGAACCAGGCCGCCCAUCCUGCAAAGCCAAAGCACAGUGAACCAGAGGAAGAGCUGCACGUGGCAAACGUCACCUCCAACAGUCUGCUCCUGCGGUGGUCGAGCCCGGACACCAAGGGCACAGCCCACUUCGAGGUGAUCGUGACCCGCCUGCGGGAUCACACCCUGGUGAUGAGAAAGAACGUGACGGGCACAGAGAUGCUCCUGGAGGGCCUGGACAGUGCGCAGAAAUACCACGUGGUGGUGACCGCCUACAUGCAGGGCAAGAUGAUGGGCACGUACAAGGGCAUCGUCAGCACCAAAGCAGCAGAAAUCAAGACAGCGGCCCCAGGUGUGGUGACAGCUGCCGUGUCCACCGCUCCCCUGGACAAACCAGAGCUAGCUAACGAACAUGCAGACCCGUGCACACUUGAUUUUGACUUCGGAAUGCCAUGCAAAGAAUAUAAGGCUAAGUGGUUCUUUGACAAAAAGAACGGGAUCUGUAGCCAGUUCUGGUAUGGUGGUUGUGGAGGGAAUGCCAAUAGAUUCGAGACUGAGGCCCAGUGCAUGCGCCGCUGCUUGAGAACAUCCCCUGUCCCACAGCAGCACAGCAUGCAGCAGGACCAAACAGCAAGCCAACCUGAACCAGCUACGCCCAUAGCAGUGGACAUCUGCCAGCUCCCCAAGGAGGAGGGCACGUGUGCCAAGUUCGUUCUGAAGUGGCACUACGACUUCCCCAGCAAGAGCUGCACUCGCUUCUGGUAUGGCGGCUGCGGGGGCAACCAGAACCGCUUCGAGACCCAGGAGGAGUGUGAGAAGGCCUGUGGGAAGGCAGCACCUGUCAAACAAGGAAUCAUAGCAGCAAUGAGAACGUAGGACAGUAUUGAUGAAGAAAAUCAACUUUUACCUCUGCGGUGAUUGUGAAGAAAUCAACUAAAUGACCAACAAGAAGCUACAGCGGAGAAACAAUGGCUGCACUGACCUGCAAAGGAUUCUGGUCCAAAGAAAGUCUGGAAGUAGUCAUUUUUUCUUCUCUGUCAUGAAACCAAGCAAGAGAAAAAGAAUCAAAGCAAAUUGCUGCAUGAUUUUCAUACUGGUGCUAUGUGUUCUGCCAAUAGAGUUGCUGAACUUGUCCAUUGUAUUGUAAAAGUUCUGGAACAUUGACACAACUCAAAAGAUUCUCAUUGAUUAGGUGCACUUUUAUAAUUUAAACAAAACCUCUAUGAAUAUGUUGGUCAGAGAAAUUUUUAUAAAACACUUUCCAGACAUUACCAUGCUAAACACAGUAUCCAUUGUUUAUUCUCAGCACACAAAAUCAUUCCAGACAGUUACUUUGUUCAGUGUU